CGCAGUACGGACUCCGAUGCAAAAAAAAAUAUUAGUGGGGAAAACGGUCGACAAAAUGGAAAAGAUGGGAGCCCAGAACUGAAGAGCAACGAGUCAGAGGAUGAAAGUGCGAGCGGUACGCAACUCAUAGAAGCUACGUCCACCGAUGUGACGCCCAACAGUGAUGGUGCGUCCGAUGAGCCGGGGAAAGCAAGCGCUGUAGAUCAAUCCGGAAAAAAAACAAAAUUGGAGGAUCCUGUGGAAAAAACGACGACCACGACUACACAGGCACCAACCACGACCACGACGACAACCACUGCGCCAAAGGCACCAAGUACUACUACGUCUACAGAGGCGCCAACCACGACGACCACCCGCGCACCGUCACUUCAGCGCGAAAUCGACGGCAGCCUCAGCAGCUCUGCGUGGGUGUGUGCCCCGCUGCUGCUCGCCGUAUCCGCGCUGGCGUACACCGCUCCGGGCUGA